AUGAAAAUCAAAGAUUUAAUUUUGAUUUAUUGUUUCGCCACCAUCAUCAGUUUGGUGGCAGCUGAAACCUCGUUGGAGGGUAUGAAGGUAGUUGGAAAUGAAAUCCACAAUAAAAACGGUGAAUUGGUUCGUUUGCGUGGUGUCAAUCGUGAAGGUACAGAGUAUUCCUGUGUUCAAUACCAAAAGAUUUUCAAUGGUCCAUUCGACAAAGACAACACCAAUGUCAUGAAAGACUGGGGUAUCAACGCUAUCCGUUUGCCGCUCAACGAAGACUGUUGGUUGGGUCUACACGAUAAGGAAUCCAAGUAUUUCGGUAGUGCCUAUCGUAAAGCGAUCAUCGACUACGUUAACACUGUCACUGACAUGAACAUGGCAGUGCUACUCGAUCUCCAUUGGGCAGGUGGUAACGGUGGAACCAUCCUAGCUACCCGACAAAUUCCAAUGCCAAACAAAGUGAACAGUGCUGCCUUUUGGAAAUCGGUUGCCAUGGCAUUCAAGGACAACUCUCGAGUUCUCUUUGACCUCUACAACGAGCCAUAUCCAUAUGGAAAUACCUGGGACAACGUCAAUGCCUGGAAAUGUUGGAGAGAUGGUGAUACCUGUGGUCCAGAGAUCAACUAUCCAGUCGCCGGUAUGCAAGAUCUCGUCAAUGCCGUGCGUUCCGCCGGUUCCAAGAAUAUUAUCCUCCUCGCCGGUAUUCAAUAUGCCACUUCCCUCACUCACUUUUUAGAAUAUAUUCCAAGUGAUCCAGAAGGACAAUUGGGAGCAUCUGUACAUUCCUAUGAUUUCAACUUUUGUCGUGCACAAGGUUGUUGGGACACCUACUUGAGACCAGUAUUCUCAAAGUAUCCAGUUGUAGCAACAGAGACUGGACAAAAAGAUUGUAAAUCCGAUUUCUUGACAGACUUUUUACAUUAUGCUGACAAGAAUGAUCUCCACUAUUUCGCUUGGUCAUGGAUUGUAGCCAAUUGUUCGGGUCCAUCGUUGUUGACCAGUUACGAUGGUGACGCCACUGAGUACGGUGAAGGUUACAAGAAGUAUUUGCAAACCAUUGACAAUGGUGAUACUCCAUGGUACUCUGACACCUUCUAUAUGUUUGACGAUAAGAUGACUCAUUGGGUCGACGAUUGGUCGAGUGCACUCGUCUUACCAAAUGUAACAUAUCCAGUCUAUCAAAACUCUGAAUACUCUAUCCAGUACACCCCAACCAAAGACAAAUUGUUCUACUUGAGAUGUUGGGGAUGUAUCAGUACCGACGUCCACAAACAAGUCGAAAUGGUAUUCCACGGUGGACAAGUCGGUAAGCAAGAGCUUACCUUCAAUUUGGUCAGCUUGAAUUCCGACAACACUGCAGAGAUCAAAGAAAACUAUCCACUCUCUCAGUUUAUGGAUAAUAAACCAAUUCCAGCUGGCAGUUGGUACAAGGCAAUCAUUGACCUCUCGACACUCCCAAAGAAUGUUAAAUACGAUGGAAUUCAAUUGGUAUCAUCGACCAACCAGGCAGAUGUCUACAUUGGUAAGAUCACAGUCCGUGCCUACUAUGAACCACCAAAGCCAUCGUCAUCCACCAAGAAUGCUCCAAUUAUUUUAUUGAUCCUCAUUUCCAUUUUAUCAGCUGUUUUAUUAGCUUAA